CCCGUCCCCGGCUGGGCCUCCCCGGAUUCCCGCCUCGCGCCAACCCCAGCUGGAGGACAUGGCGAACCAGGUUAUUAAGUGCAAGGCUGCAGUUGCCUGGGAGGCCGGAAAACCUCUCUCCAUAGAGGAAAUAGAGGUCGCACCUCCAAAAGCUCAUGAAGUACGAAUUAAGAUCAUCGCCACUGGAGUUUGCCACACUGAUGCCUAUACCUUGAGUGGAGCUGAUCCUGAGGGAUGUUUUCCUGUGAUUUUGGGACAUGAAGGUGCUGGAAUUGUGGAAAGUGUUGGUGAAGGAGUUACUAAGCUGAAAGCUGGUGAUACCGUCAUUCCACUUUACAUCCCACAGUGUGGAGAGUGCAAAUUUUGCCUUAAUCCAAAAACGAAUCUUUGCCAGAAAAUACGAGUCACUCAAGGAAAAGGCUUAAUGCCAGACGGCACUAGCAGAUUUACUUGCAAAGGAAAGACAAUCUUACAUUACAUGGGAACCAGCACAUUUUCGGAAUACACAGUUGUAGCUGAUAUCUCUGUGGCUAAAAUAGACCCUUCAGCACCUUUGGAUAAAGUCUGCCUUCUGGGUUGUGGCAUUUCUACUGGGUAUGGUGCUGCAUUAAACACUGCCAAGGUGGAGCCUGGCUCUACUUGUGCCGUCUUUGGCCUGGGAGGAGUUGGAUUAGCAGCUAUCAUGGGCUGUAAAGUGGCUGGUGCAUCCCGAAUCAUUGGUGUGGACAUCAAUAAAGAUAAAUUUGCAAGAGCCAAGGAGUUUGGAGCCACUGAAUGUAUUAACCCCCAAGACUUCAGUAAACCCAUCCAGGAAGUGCUUGUUGAGAUGACUGAUGGAGGAGUAGACUAUUCCUUUGAGUGUAUUGGCAAUGUGAAGAUAAUGAGAGCAGCACUUGAAGCCUGCCAUAAAGGCUGGGGUGUCAGCGUGGUGGUUGGAGUAGCUGGUGCCGGUGAAGAAAUUGCCACUCGCCCGUUCCAGCUGGUAACAGGUCGUACCUGGAAAGGCACCGCCUUUGGAGGAUGGAAGAGUGUGGAAAGUGUCCCAAAGUUGGUGUCUGACUAUAUGUCCAAGAAGAUAAAAGUUGAUGAAUUUGUCACUGACACUCUGUCAUUUGACCAAAUUAACAAAGCCUUUGAACUGAUGCAUUCGGGGAAGAGCAUUCGAACUGUUGUAAAGUUUUAAAUGCCCGUGGAGAGUGUGCCCAUCCUGGACCCAAGUCGUAUGUGCUGGCUCACCGUGACGUGCAGGAGGAAGUCCUUCCAAGCUCUCAGCCUCUUAGACCUUCACUCACUACCCUAGGGAAUAGUGUUGGCCACAUAAGUCAGAAAUCCAUUUUCUGAGAUGUCCUUCACUUGGUCAGUCGCUGGCUUUUUUAACAAAAUAAAAGUGAUCACUG